CUAAGAAACAUUAGCAGAAUAGAGAAGUUUCCGUUUUUAAGAAGUCUUCGGUUUUCCGACUUUGAGAACAAUGGCGUCAGAAUCUCCGAGUUCGGUCCGCAAAGUUGUUGUCCACUUGAGAGCAACUGGCGACGCUCCCAUACUCAAGCAAGCCAAAUUCAAGAUAGAUGGAACUGACAAAUUUGUCAAAGUCAUCGACUUUCUUCGUCGACAACUUAACAGGGACACACUGUUUGUAUAUGUCAACAGUGCCUUUUCCCCAAACCCAGAUGAGUUGGUGAUUGAUCUGUACGACAAUUUUGGGUUUGAUGGGAAGCUGGUGCUUAAUUAUGCUUGCUCCAUGGCAUGGGGUUAAGGAACCAGUGGUAGAUUCUGAGCUGUAUUGCUGACUAGGAACCAAAAUUACGAAGGGGCUUACACUUUUCUCUCCCUCCUGUUACAUACGAAAUAACAAUGAUGAUUUGAAAAAGGACCUCCUCAAAAGCAUGCUGCAGUUGGUAGCGAUACAACACUAGUGUUGCAUUGCAUUCUUGAAUAAUGCCCAUUGUUUCUUCUUAUCUUUGUAUAUGAUCUGGAUUUCCAAUAUGCAAUUUCUCAGUUGUGAUGUGGUACAUAGACCA